GUUCCGGGUCGCGGAGGCGGAGCCUGCGGGAAUCGAGCGGUAGCGCCAUGCGGUUCCGGUUCUGCGGGGACCUGGACUGCCCCGACUGGGUGCUGGCCGAGAUCAGCGUGCUGGCCCGAAUCUCCUCGGUGAAGCUGAAGCUAAUCUGUGCCCAGGUGCUGCGGAAGCUGCUGGGAGAGGCCAUCGAUUAUGAGAAGAUCCUGAAGCUGACGUCGGACGCCAAGCUCGAGUCAGGUGAUGUGAAGGCUGCAAUUGCUGUGCUCGACUUCAUCCUGUCCAAUUCAGCCAAGCACAAUGUGGAUGGUGAAUCCCUGUCCAGCGAGCUGCAGCAGCUGGGACUGCCCAAAGAACACGCCACAGGGUUGUGCCGCUCCUAUGAGGAGAAGCAGAGCUCUCUACAGGACAGCCUCAGGGCUGGCAGCCUCCGAUUGAGCCGCCUGGAUGGUGUGUCGUGGCGGGUGGACUAUGCACUGAGCUCCAGCGAGCUGCAGGAGGUGGGCGAACCUCUGGUGCAGCUGCUGCUGCGUGUGCGGCAUCGGGAGCACGGGGAGCCUGAGGCCGUGCCCAUGGCCGUGUCAGCGGAGAAAUUCCGCGUGCUGCUGGCAGAGCUGAAGCAGGCCCAGGCGCUGAUGAAGACCCUCCUGUGAGGACGCGGCCCGGCGGUAGUGUCACAAAUACAAUGCGUGUGUUCUGUCCUCAUAAUAAAAUGCGGGAGCGAA